GUUCAAACCUGAAACGAAGCAGCUCCUGAGCAUCUCCACUUGACUAGCUGUUGUUAUAUUUGUUGAAUUUAAAGUAUAUUUAACAAUGGAGGGUUCUGUAUCAAACGUGGAGGUCUGUAACUUUGCUUACACGGGACAGUUUGAGGAAUUAAAAGAGUGCAUUCUGUCAGAUAAAACGCUUGCCUGUAAAACGGACCAGGACCGCAGAACCGCCCUGCACUGGGCCUGUUCUGCUGGACACACCAACAUUGUGGAGUUUCUGCUCGACAUGGGAGUUGAAGUGAAUCUGCAAGAUGAUGCUUCAUGGAGCCCUCUUCACAUUGCAGCAUCUGCAGGCAGAGACGACAUAGUGAGAUCUCUAAUAUCCAAAGGAGCUCAGCUGAAUUCAGUAAAUCAAAAUGGAUGCACCCCUCUCCACUAUGCUGCCUCUAAAGAUAGAUAUGAGAUCGCCCAGCUAUUAUUGGAAAACGGAGCAGACCCCAAUGUCACUGACAAGUAUGAGUCCACUCCCCUUCACAGAGCAUCUGCCAAGGGCAACCACCGGCUCAUCCAGCUGCUCCUCAAACAUAGCGCCUCAACUAACAUCCAAGACUCACAGGGCAACACAGCACUCCAUCUGGCGUGCGAUGAGGAGCGCGUGGAAGCAGCCAAGGUGCUGGUGGAACAUGGCGCCAGCAUCUACAUUGAGAACAAGGAGGAGAAGACCCCGCUUCAGCUAGCCAAGGGCGGUUUGGGCAACAUACUUCGUCGGAUCGUGGAGGGAUGAUUCACUGACUUACUGACCUACAGGUCAUGCUCCACCUCCAAUUCCCACCAAUCGCAAGUUACAUAAUGAGAAUUCUGAUCCCAGUCAGUCCUCCCUGAGCGACCUGGUGUGAUACAUUCAGAUGUGUAACCGGUGGAGGAUGGUGUCGGGGAGAAAGCUUGGACUGUACUGCCUCGUUAUCAGCUCGUCAGAUGGAGCAGUAAAACUGCUCAGACCUUAGAUGUCUGGUCAAAAAACACUGUUGUGCACUAAGUCUGAUUUAUUCAACACUUCAGCCUAUUUUCUUAUGAUCUCUUUCUUUUUAAGUUCAAUGUGUUGCAACAAUGACCAAAUAAAAAUCUGUGUUCAGUCUGUUAAUAAA